AAAAAAAAAUAAUAAUAAUAAAAAAAAAAAAAAACUUCACCUCAUCUUGCCUAUAAAUAGCCAAUUAAAGUUCUCCUACUCCACACUUCCCAACAAUACAACGUAACUCGAGAAUAAUUGUUUUCAGGCUAAAUUAAGAGAAGGAAGAAAUCAUGGCUGAUACAAACGUCACACUAGAAGAAGCUGUGCCUGUGGAGGAUGUGGAAAUUGAUAUGGAAGCUAAGGCCAAGGAAUAUGAUACACAAACUCGUGUUGCCGGUAAUGAAUAUCGAAUGACAACUGACGUCAAAAACUUUAGCAAACGUCUUGUGCAUGUGGUGGAGACUCAUUUUUGGCACGGGCGUACACUUACUAACUUCCCUAACCUCGCGGUUAAUACUGGUGCUGCAAUGCGCCAGGCCGGGACUCUUCCCGAAGGCGUCAAGUGGGGAAUCACCUAUGCUGACGGCGAUCAGGCCAGUAAUCGUAAAUUCAUUGUUGCUGUUCAUGGCCCAACGGGCAAGAUCUAUGUUGAAAGUGGGCCAAUAGGUCCAGUCGAUUGGAAUGUAAUUGAAGUCAAACUGGACCGACAUUCCGGAAACAAAGCCGAUAUCACUGACCCAAUUUUUGGAGCCAGGAUUGUGGCAGAGAUUUCCGGUACCUAUGCAGUUGCAAAGUUCUAUAAUUAGCUAGCUAGGCUCACAAGUCACAACUCUUGAGCAAGCUUGCUAAAAUUUCGCUUUACUUGUUUGUAAUGUUGUGUUAUGUAUCUCGUAUUCUCGUGUAUGUGUUAUAUGCUAUGUAUGCUGUGUCUACGUGACACAUGAAUAAAUGGUGAAGCUCCCCUGUAGAAUGUACGCAUGAUCUUGAGUUUGUAACCAACUGAAAAGGAGGGUGAUGCUCCCUAGCUUUCUAUGUUUGCAAUAAAAAUCCAAGUAUAUAUAUUAAUGGUUA